AUGGCAGGAACAGCUGUGGACACUGCAUUGUUUCCCUUGGAUACAUUAAAGACUCGUCUUCAAUCAAAGGCUGGUUUCGCUGCCUCUGGAGGAUUCAGAGGCGUCUAUUCUGGCCUGACAAGUGCUGUUAUCGGAAGUGCACCUGGAGCCUCGAUGUUCUUCGUCACAUAUGAAGGCCUCAAGACUGGAUUGUCCGCAGUGAUGCCGGGUCCUCAGUAUGCACCUGUCGUACACAUGAUAUCUGCUUCUGGAGGCGAGAUUGCUGCCUGCUUUGUCAGAGUCCCGACAGAGGUCAUCAAGCAGAGAAUGCAGACAAAGCAAUACAAAACUACGACAGGAGCCGUGAAAGCGGUUAUCCAGAACGAGGGUAUUUUAGGCUUCUACCGUGGAUAUUUCAGCACAGUAGCACGUGAGAUUCCCUUCACAUGCAUCCAAUUCCCCUUGUAUGAAUAUAUGAAGAAUACAUAUGCCUUUGCCACUCAUAGAACUAAGGUAGAUCCUUGGGAAGCUGCUAUCUGUGGAUCAAUUGCUGGAGGAGUCGCUGCAGGGAUUACAACGCCAUUAGAUGUGAUCAAGACACGUGUCAUGCUUAGUCAACGAAGUCAGGCAGGCUCACAAUCAUCAGCGUAUUAUUCUGGGAUCAUCUCGACGUUCAAACGCAUAUUAACAGAGGAAGGUCCUCGAGCUUUAUUUUCAGGCAUCGGACCCCGUGUAAUGUGGAUUUCGAUCGGUGGUAGUAUUUUCUUGGGCGUCUAUGAAAAAGCUAAAGUGAUUAUCUCACGCGAAUAA